AUGUCAACGACAACAAAUAAGUCUUUCUUUACGCUGUAUAUUUGUCUCGAAUCGAUAGGAUUACUGUUGAUAAUACCAUCAAUAAUUAUCCUUUUGCACCCACGCACAAAACCUUUUCUCACGAAACGGACAUUACGCCAAUACUUUCUCGCAAGUUUUUUUGAAAGAAUUUUCAGAAUACCGCUCAUCGUAAUUUACAAUACUCUGACACCAAAAACGCCAGGAACACUGUGUAUAUUUCAAGCACAUCUCAGUAAUCUACUUUCUUAUCCAUUACAAAUGAUACCAGCAGCGCUGACCUUCUAUCUUUGGUUCGCUGUGGCAAGAAAUAAAAAUAUGGAAAAAGUGUUGUAUUCGUGGUUAACGUCGAUUAUUUGGAUCGUGGCGGUUGUUGGAUCGCUUGCUCAACUGUUCAGUCUUUCGAAUGACGAUUACUGGGGUGUCAAGAUUAAAGACGAUGGGUGUGAUUUAGGGCCUAGUAAUUAUCGACUAUUUCAGAUUAUUCCUACCGUGACUUUUGCUGUAAUCGGAUUAGGGUUUGCUGUUGCCUCGGUAUAUGCGUUUUGCAGCAUAUGGUUACGGCAGAUUGAACGAACUGUGCUUGGAUAUUGGUACUCUCUUUCCCUCGCGAGUGCAUGCCUACUAGUUACCGUAAUAAAUGUAUCUAAUAGUACUGCCGCUGCAUACAAUGUAAUGAUUGCAAAUUCCUAUCAACUACCGAUAUUUUUGUUACAUCUCAAAGCAAUACUUGGACCAUUACUCUACACAAUAUUCGUAAUAUGCGAGUAUGACAACACGCCGUUGCACCGAUGGUGCAAAUGUGGCGAAAACUAUGAGGAGGACGACGAGGAUAGUAAUGACACCGUGAUCUUGUCGUGGCCUUCUUCAAACACGUUGACCGAACCACGAUUCACGACGUCGACGAUGUUUGGUAAGCCGGAUAUGAUGGAAAGGGGACGUGUCACUGCUGCUGAUUCUGGAGUAUUUCCAGGUUAG